UGGAUUCCUUCGGUGUGUCGGGAACAAAAUCAGGUGGUGAAAUAAAUCACCAACCAACUCGCCAGCUUUUUGUUGGGCUCGACGAAGAACACGCAUUGACAGUGACAGUGAAAUUCCACGGCUUGCAGCCCCGUGUGGUGUACGAAACGAAUCGAGCCUUUCGCUUUCGUGGCAAGGUUUUCGAUUUCACUCUCGUAGGAGGCUCGCUGUGCAAGGUUCCCGUGCCGCGCAGGAGACAUACGGCCUUUUUCCACGGGCGAAAGAGAAAUCCGGUCCCAAUUUUCAUAGCACACCCGCGUUCGAAGGUUGGCCGUGCGCUUUCGGUGACGUUGCACCGUUCUGGUGACUUUUGUUUUCUGCGGCUCGUUUCGUUUUUCGGGAAGAAAGUGCAUCAUCCGUGCAGCGAAAGCCCGGUAGAUCGUAGGCAAAGCAGGCACGUGUAUUGGUUAAGCGUCUUGCAAAGAAAGCUUUUCUAGAGUGAGAGAGAGAUUGGAAACUCGCGCGGGUGAUUUGUGUUCGUGCAAGAUCUGUGUGUUGGUGCUUGAAAACUAGCAGCGUUUCCGUCUUGAAAAAGGUGAAAGAAAUUGCUUCGGAGCUGUGUGCCUCGCUUGCCAGUUCGCCGCGUUGCACGUGCUUUCUUCCAGCUGUCCGGACGAGCGAGCGAAAGAGAAUUUCGAACGAAGACUGUGCCCACAGCGGAAGUCUUUGACCAAGUUUGACUAUUGUUUGAAGAUUGUGCUUGUGUUGUGUGCGUUUCUGUUUGUGUUGGCCGUUAGGCUUCACACAGUUUUCCCGUUGCCCCAACCAACCUGCUGCAGGAAAGCAGUGCGAGCACACCGGACGUGUUUAGUUACUCGAGAGACUUAACCGAGUGUCAUUGGGCAUUGCGAGAAGAUUUUGCGAUAAGAUCAAGGACCGCUUCUGGUGCUGCUUGAACGAAUCUACAAGGUACGUGUACGUGGGGGAUAACACGUCUCGAACGGUUCAUCCGACUAAUUUGAUCCAAUAAAGCACGUGGAGCCAGUGUGGAUCAGAAAAGGCAGUCGCUACAAAGCGGUUAUUUCAUAUUCAGGACAAGAUUGUUGGAGGAAAUAAAUCUUAAUCGGUUGAGCUAAUCGCUGGAGAGCAUACAUUUUCGCGGAACCUCUCUACAACCAUCUUUAGCUUGAUUGCACAAAUAAUGCAAAUACCAGAUUCUUAACUUCCAGUGCACGAAUCACACAUCUUUAAGGAUUCUUACCUUUACUAAACUGUACAAGCGGAAAACAAAAAAGGCUUCCGGCUACAUCAAAGAACAUCCACAAUGGGAAUCUUACCUAAAUUGCUGCUACUGUGCGUUUGCUUAGCAAAAGCACACGGUGCCGUUUAUUCACCCGGAGGUGGUGGCGUUUAUGGAGCAGAACCGUCGCCGAAGGAUGCCGGUGGGGAUCCAGUGUUUGCUGUACUGCCGAGCCAGGACGUCAAUCCGGACUACUAUACGACCCAGACGGUGUAUGGAUUUCUCGAUUUUACCACCACCAUCGGCAACACGGUGAUGAUCUUUUCACCACAAAGUGCCGCACCGGUUGUGACAGAACCACCCAAAACGACGGCUCCACCACCAACGAUCAUCGAAACGACUCCCACCACCACCACUACCACGGAGGAAGUGGUCAGGGAGAUUAAGCCGAGCAAAACGGUCGUGCUGCCGGUACAGCCCAAAGAGAAGGUUAGCAUCGUGCAGGUACUGCCGGAAACUCCGAAACCUCCAACGACGAAACCGAUUGGCCCACUGAAGUUCGUCCCGAAAGCCGUACCAAAGGUUGCCAUCAAACCGAUCUUGAAGCCAAAGCCGAAAAUCGUCGAAGUGGCUCCGGUCAAGGCAGAACAACCCGCACCACAGCAGGAACAAUCUCAGCCGGAUCGAUUCAUCGUCAAGCCAGUUCCGAAGUCGGUUAUCAUUAAGCCGGUGGCACCGGUUGUGAAGGUGGUCGCAACGAAGGUUGAACCAACGACAACGACGACCGAGUCGGCUCCGGAAAUUGAAUCAGAGGAAGAACAGGAGGAAGAGGAGUUUGAGCAGGAACAGGAACCGCAGGAGCUGGUCGAGGAAGAACACCAGGAGGAGCAAGACGUGGAAGAGGGAGAGGAAGAAGAAGGAGAAGAGGAAAGUGUCGAGCCAAAGGAACAGCAGCAGCACGAAGUCAACCCGAUCGAGCAGAAAGUAGAAAAUGUUGAAACGGUUGAACCGGUUCAGGAGCCAGAAAAACCGAAGAUGCAUGUUGUGGAAGCUGUCAAACCGGUGACUCCAGCGACUACUACCACGACGACCGAGGAACCAGUGGCAGUGGUGGCACCGUCCGAGGAUCAGCACGAAGAACACUCGCCGAUAAUGUUCUCCAACAUUUCGGAAGAUGAAGUGAAACCUGUUGCUGAGGUGAAGGAGAGCCAAAGCGCUACUGCCGUGGCUGGAGCUGCCGAACAGCAGCAGAACGACGAAGAGCCAUCCAACGCAGAAGAGGACGACAACGACGACGACGACGACGAGGAAGAGGAAGAUGAUGAGCCGGUACCAGUGCUGCAGAUAGGCAACAACAUCGGCGAGCCCGAGUACGACUUUCUUUCGCGCCAACCGUCCGAGUUUGUGGAGGAAACGUUCCGCGUCGUGAAUCUGCGACCGACGGCAGCUGCGUCACAGCCGGCAGCCGCCACCGCCCAAGCAACGGCACCGCGCGAGAAGGCGGCCAAACCGAAGCGAGGUAAUAAGGGCCGAACCCACCCGACCGGCCUGGUGACGACGCUCGGUGGCACCGUGGUUAAGGAGGGCGUUACCACCGUCCACGAGACCAGCGUGAUCGGCACCUACAUUUCAGGAAAGUAUGCGCAGGUCCUACAAAGCACAUCUCAUGUCAUUCAAGGUAACCAAGGGGGAGCGGCAGCGAACGGCAACGGUGCAGCAGGGGCCGCCAGCGAUGGCCGCCGGCCCAAGCUGAACCCGAGCUCGACGCUACGCAUCCUGAAGACGGCGGCACCGGCACUCAACAAGACGCCACGGUACAGCCCGGAGGCGGCCUCGAUCAUUACGCCGUCGCCCGCCACGCACGCGCUCGAGGAUACCGGGCUGCCGCUGGAGAACCUGUUCGCCAGCCAGCCCAGUUCGAGCCUGGUGCGACCAUCCCGCCGGCUGCCCGGUGGCGCUAGCGGUAACUUCAAGAACCGUCUGAAGAACCGCAUCAGCAAGGACGAGAACGAACUGCAGGAGCAGGAGCGAGCUGCUGACAGCGAGCUCGUCACGCCCCAGUCCACCGUUACGCCACAGCCCACCUACGGCAAGAAGCCGGCCAACCGGUACCGCAACACGCAAAUCGUUAAGCCCGUCGGCAAGAAUACAAGAUAUAACCGUUAUUCUACAUCUAGCGUGGAGGUGGCCACGGUAUCCGUUUAUAGUGAGCCGGCCCCGACGCCCGGCUCGGGCUAUCAGAACCGGCGCAAUAAGUCCUCACGUAACGGUUUCAAACCAACAUCAUCCCACAGCGUGUCGACCGUACAGCAGCAGCAGCAGCAGCAACCGGACGCGGCGACCAGACGAUCGUUCAAACCGAAACCGCAGCCGUCCGCACCGCUGGACCAGGAACCGGGCCAGACCACCAGCCUGUACAAGUUUAAGCUGAACCGGUCGCCGGGCCGCUGGCAGUACAAGUCGCCCGCCAAGCCGACGGUCGCGAUCCGGAAGCAGAGCGCGGUCAAGCCCAAGGAUCAGGUACUGGAAAAUCUCACGACCGCACCGAUUUCCGACACAUCCGUACAGUCUAAUGAUAUUGCGCAGUCGCCCGAACACGCGGAAAAGGUGGACACGGACGCGGACCUGGACCAGUCCGGCUCGGUGCAUGGGAAUGUGCUGAACGACGCGGAGAGCGAUAACCAGAUCGAGCGCCGGUACCCGAUCGAGACGCUGAAGGUGGAGAUAUCGACGCCGGCCGACUUCCGGGACACGUACUACGAGAUCGCAACGAUCAAGUCACCCUACACCUUCCAGGUGGGAACGGUGAAGAACACACGCUACAUCACCGUCACCUCGACUAUCGAGAAGGUGUUGGAGCAGGAGACGGCUACCAUCACACCAUCGCUGACGGAACCACUGACCGAGAACAUUUUGGCCACAACGACUCACAUCGACAAGGAGAGCAAUCUGCUGGACUCGAGCAUUGCCACGUUGCCACCGAUUUCGCUCGGCCUCGACACCGAAACGCCGCCACUAGAGACGCUUACGGAAACGUUCAGCACUACUCAGGCCAUGCUCAAGACACACAUUCUGCCCGUGAUCCGUGACGGUGACACUACGAGCUACACGCUCAUCCAGACGUACCACGUGACGCGUUUGGUAACCGCCACCAAGACACUACCACCGAUGGAGCUGUACCACUUCGUACCGUCGCGUACCCUGAACGAGUUCAACAGCCGAUUGGACGAGGCCGGUUCGGAGCUGCAUCUGGAGCUGGAGUUUGGAGAUGACAACGAAAACGACGACGACGAUAAGCCCAAGCGCGAACGACUACCUUCGGAUCUGGACCUAUCGAGCAUCGGCUCCGACUUUGAUCUGUCCGAAGUGGACAAGACAAACAUCCCGGAGAACAUCCGACCGAAGAAGAAGAUCACGGGCAGCAACAAGGAUAACCGUGUCACGACCGAAGCGCCUGUAACGACGCCAGCUCUUACUCCCGAACAGCUACAGCAGCUCGCACUGCUUCGUCUACUCAACCCAGCCGCUGCGGCCCAGAUUCCAUCGGUAAUUACCUCGUCCAAGCCGGUGAUCAAGCUCGAAACCGUGUACGAAUCGCACGUACUUCCCAUCAUCAAUGGUGCGAACACGAUCCUCAGCACGAUUUCCCGCCCGAUCGGCACCAUCACCAAGACGAGCUACGAGGUGGUGACGACAACGCUGCCCACACUGCCGAUCCCACCGAUCCCCCAGCUUAACCCACUGCUGCUCCAACAGCAGCAACAGCAGCAGCAGCAGCAACAGCUCCAGAUCCAAUCGACUCCAGUCGUCACGCAGACGAUCGUCACCGAGACGAACAGCAAGGUGCUGAAGCUCACGUUCGGUGCCAAGACGGCCUACACCACGCUCUACUCGACGACGGUCGUCCCGACGGUGUUGACCACCUACCUGACCCAGUCGGUGUCCGUGCAGCCGACGGCGGCCGCCGCCUUCCCAGGCUUCUUCCCGAACCCCUACGCACCGUUCCCGUUCGUCGGCUAAGGGCGGAAUGCUAGCGUAUAGUAUGCUUGCCUAGUUGGUAGCUUAGGAUAACGAAUUGACUAGAGCGGCUGGAUGACAGUGAGAGUGAGCAGAGACGAUCGCGCGCGAGGGGACGGCAAAUGCUAAUGGAAACGUGAACACAACCCAGGGUGCCGGUCGGUCGGCCAGGAUAAUCUUCUUCGCCAUGAUAAAUUCCGAACGAUACCUAAACCCUUUUCUCCCGGAAUGGCCGGUGACCGUGGCCGGUGGAAUUAUCCAAACGGUGCAACGAAGCUAGCAGGAUAGAGAUAAAAGCCGUCGAGAAGGAUGUGAAAGGUUAAAUGUCCGUGCACAGGAAUCUUGCCACAGUCGUACCCGGAUCCCGUCUCUGUCUCCCCGUCGGCUGAAACGAUGUUUUAGUGUUAUUUGCAUGUUUUUUUUUUUUUCGUUUUCUUGCCGGACCAACCGACUGACGAACCCGAAACCGCGCCGGCCGGACAUAAAAUAUUCCAUUCCGUUUAUGGGGACGAAACAAACGUUCUCCACCCGUUGCUUGCUAUUGUUGUCCUCGGCGCGUGUACAGCGAAUGGAAGAAACGUUUGCCUUAAGAAUAGCAUUAAAUUUAAUUCAAACUAGAGCUCCAUAAUACGGUGAAAAUGUUGUCGAAUAGAGUGAGAAAAGCACACAAAAAAGGAGUGAAAGCAGGAAAGGACUGAUUUUUGAACGAGGGUUAAUGCACCCGCGUUUUUUAAAGGCGUUCACGGGAAGAUCUAAAAGAAACAAAACGUGAAGUGAAGAAAGGUUCCACCACCAAGGUUUUAUUUUAUGCUGGCAAAGGAUAAAACGGUUUAUGACGAAACAAGGGCGCUCGAACGAACGCCGGAGAAGCGACGAGAAAGAUAUUCAAGUGAAAAGUGCAAUCGUUAAAGUUGAAAAGGAAAGUUGGAAAGUUGGAUUAAGGGAAAGCGUCCCGUUUAACUUCUCCUAGGGCGUGCGAAUGUUAGCCGAGUCGCGUAUUCAUAAACGGAUGAUUUUGUAAAUAUUUUAUACGAUUAUCGAACCCAUCGCCAAUCCUGCCGGUGGUGCUGCCGGUCUACUACGGCUAUAAUCCUCGCGCCGGACCGGACAUAAUUCUGCUGUUUUCCUUACCUGCAGUAUUUAGCUCACUUGUCGAAAGAUUCUCGAAGCCACCCUGACCGCUUACCCCCGAAAGCUCAAUCAUGCAAAGUGGUUUCAGUUUUGUUUGUGGCAGUCUCUAUUGUAAAUAGUAAUAUCUUUUUCAUUUUCAACUUGCAGUAUGAAUUUUAAGAACUUUGCGUUACGCUUUAUGGGCGGACAUCAUUCAUGGUGGUGCAAAAAUCUUAUGGCCACUUAACUGUUUUACAGCCUGCACUCGUGAUGCGUAUUUUACAUUCGACCUACCCAAUCGUAAUCGGGUCAGCAAUAUUGGCAUAAACGAUUCGCUACUCAUGACCACUGCAAUUUCGCUGCCCUAGAAAUAGCUAUUAUUUGUAAUCGACCGAAGUGCACAAGAUUCGGUGGAAGGCGACAGAAAAUACUCAGCCCUGCGCAUCGUGACAGCACGACCCGCAUUGGUUCCGACAUGUACGUUAGGUUUAAUGGUUAUUGAUAUUACAUUUUAAACUAGCUUCAUGCGCACUGACAAAACAUUCUGUUCCCCUUUUUUCUGUUUUAAUGUUACAUUAUUUUGUAUUGAUUUACUUCCCUGUCUGUUGUAAAUAAGUUAUAUCUUUUUCCCUGCCUUCAUUAUUUUACGUUCAUACCGUCAAUCACACGAUUGAUUUUGCUAGAUAAUCAAGACGAAUUGUAUUCAUCGAAACAAUUUUUAAUAAAAUAUAUCUAUUGAUA